UGAGGCAGAGAGCAUAUAUAUGUAGGGGUAAGUAAUAAGAUAACAAAUAAAUAAUAAUGAAGUUGACAUCCAUAAAUUCUCUUCCUUACACAUUGCAUGUAUCACAAAAAAGUAAUCAGCUGUGCAUAAAACUAUUAUUACAUAUACGUUCUAAUAAUCUGUAAUCUUACUGUAGAUAAUGUGGUAUGGACCAAAAUGAAUUACAUAGCAAACAUGAGAAAGCAAUCACGUGUAAUACAAAGCCAUACAAACGAGACAAAUCACUUUCCACAAUCAUAAGAUAUCUAAGUCCAUUGUACGAUUCCCACUGUAUUCAAGCAGGAGUUUACAAAUCGCUAUCAAAUAGUGAUGAUACCGGUUUUCUCUAAAAGUUGCACGUAUCAUGCCCCACCGGUGACACGCUUGCAUCAAAUGUAGAAAUGUCCCCCACGUGUCUGCCAUAAAACCCUUUGAAAGAUUUAUUUAGUAAGGCAUUGAAUGCUGUAAACCCUGAUCAAACAACUUUUAAGAACGAGUCGUAUAACGUACUUCGAAAUCUUCUGAUCAAACUUUGUGAUAUGUAGUCUCCAAAGGCUGGCACUGCUUGGAAAUUGCUCGACAUAUGGGGAAGGUUGGACAUGUGUCAUUUAAAUGAUGUGAGAUAAUUUAUUAGAAUGAUGAAAAAGUAAUUUUUAGCGAUCGAUCAAACACAAAAUAUUUUGUAGCUACAAUUGCGAACGAAUGAAAUCACAGAAAGGCUUUGAUCGGGAGCCCGCGUGUAAGGUAGUGCUGCGUAAGUGACUGUGAUAGGCGGAGCCUGUAUUGUGGACCCGGAUUCGCCAGAUUACAUGUAAGACAUUCAGUAGAACACCAAGCUACAAAUUCUCCCUUGAGGACAGUCUUGCACAACAACGCUUCUUGUAUAAGCUGAGAACGAUGCGUGCAAGCCUGCUGACUACCCUGUUGUUAAUGGUGAUUACUAGUAUUUCAUGCAAGGUGCUAGUGAAUGGUACAAUCACCAAUUCUCAUGAGAUUAAUAUAACCUGCGAACAACAGUGGACAUGCAAGAAUCGACCAAAACAGGAAGUUCAGCCAGGUCAGUACAACAGCUCCCCGGGUUGUUUUUGUGAUGACAUGUGCACAGUUUUUAAUGACUGUUGUGGCGACGCUGAUCUCACAAUACAAAAGCCAGUAAAUGCCAGACUGCAGGACUAUAUCAAGUGUGUUGACAAUUGUUACAUUGAUGGAGGCGUAUCACUCUACGUUGUCCAUGAGUGCCCCGAUGGCAAGAACACAGCUCUAGCUGAGCAAUGCAGGAAAUAUCACACAAACGAUCUCUUUCUUCAAACGCCGUUAACAGGCAAGAAGACAGGUCUUGUGUACAAGAAUAUUUUCUGCGCCCAGUGUCAUUCGGAAGAUGCCGAGUUUUGGAAGCCUCGGGUCAAUUGUUUGAGCCGGUCAUCACUGAACUUUAAUGAAACGACCCCAUUCAAUGACAUUCUAGCGAAUGGAAAGUGUAAACUACAGUUUCAUCAGCCAAGUAAUACUAGCAGCUUCCGACCAUGUUACACAAAUAUCAUUACCUCGUGUCUGUCGGGAAGUCAGUCAUUAAGAGACAGGUGUACGGACGCAUCUAACCGGGAGCUGGUGUUUGUUCGUAGCAACAUAUACCUCAAUAAACAUUGUGCUGCAUGUAAUAGUGAAAUGUCUGCAAAAUGUGAUAUGCUCUAUGUGCCAUCUGCAUGUGUGCCCUCGUUUCAUGACUUUGGAACAUACUCAUUUUCCAUUUUGUUUGAUAUAAAUAUAAAUAGCGGGACGAUGGAAGAACGAUCCUUUUUCCAAACAACAACCACCAGCUUCAUACGCCACAAUAAAUGUUCGUUUGGAGAAUAUUGGGAUCCGUUUACAAACGUGUGCCGUUUAGUCCUCUGUGAUUCCAAUAAUGCAACGUUCACAUGUGGAUCUCAACUGAAGCAGGCAGUUGGUAUUUUCGAAACUUCCCCUAACGACACAAUCACCAAUUGUUCAAUUAUUUCAGUUGCUUCAAGAAAAGGUGACUCGCAAACAGAAUUGUCGGAGAGCAUCACUUCUCGUGACGACAGGUGCAUCCCUCCAACAAAACGUAAGAUCUUGUAUCAAAACACUUCACACAUUGAAGAAAUCGUCAGUCGUGUAGGUACAAUACUAUCAGCUGUUUCACUGUUAAUUACUAUUGUGAUUUAUCUGACUUUCAAAAAGUUACAGAACCGCCCCGGACUCUGCAUUUUGUCACUGUCAAUUGCUCUGUUUACCGCAGAAGUAUUGAUGACGUUAGCCCCGUACACAGAAACACAACCAAUAGUUUGCAAAGCGUUCGCCAUUGGUAUGCACUACUUUUUCCUUGCAGCAUUUCUCUGGAUGAACAUCAUUGCUUUUGAUGUCUGGUUUACAUUUUCAAGAUGUCUCGUGAGAGCCAGGGAACCAGGAAAGAAAAGGAAACGAUUUCUGACGUACAGCAUGUAUGCAUGGAUGUCCCCUCUUGUUCCAGUCAUCUCAGCCUUGACACUGGACCUAGUGGAUUCCUCCUCUGUGUAUUCUCCUGGAUAUGGAAAAGGAAUUUGUUGGAUUACAAGCAAGUUGUCACUCUUGAUCUUCUUUGCUGCACCGCUUGGCAUGAUUGUUGUCCUGAAUACCAUCUUCUUCAUCUGUACAUCAACCAUUAUUUGUUCAUUGAAGAAGUCAUCUGCUCGGAUCCUUGGAUCUGAACAAAGAAGCGAGUUUCUUGUCUACGUCAAGCUGUUCCUUGUGAUGGGGAUAACGUGGAGUCUAGGGUUCCUAUCAGCCUUUGUCCCUCAUCCAGUUACCACGUACCUCUUCAUCGUCACCAACACCCUACAGGGGGUCUUCAUUGGGGUCUCCUUCAUCUGUACCAGAAAUGUUCGCCUCCUACUUCGUCAGGCGUUCGCCCUAAACCGACCUUGUAUUCCGGGAUACAAAAAAAAGGCUUUUCCGUAUCACAGCACCCAUAUGUAGAUAGACUGUUGACCUAUAACAUGUCCUGCAUUCGUGGAGGUGUGGAAUUUCAAAUAUGAAAAUUCGUUGCUUAAUGCACCUUUGUAUGAUUCUUGAAUAUUCAAAACAACCUUACAACUACACACAGCACAGAAGACCAAAGUGUUAUAGUAUUCAUGCAAUGCAUGUAACAUUAGGCAUUUUUUGAACUGGGUGAAGUACAAUGAGGUUUUUAAUAUAUCUUGCCAUGUUUGCUUUUUGUCAUGUACAGAGUGAUGUCGGUACCUGUGUACAUAGUCAAACACCCCUGACUCUGUUUGUUAUGUAACGCCGCACUCAGAAAUACUCCAGCUAUAUGACGGCGGUUUGUAGACAAUCGAGUCUGGAGCAGACAAUCCAGUGACUUUCACCACGAGCAUCGACCUACGCGAUUGGGAAACGAUGACAAGCAUCGAUCAAGUCAUCGAGCCUGACCACCCACACCCUGUUGGUCACCUCUUUCGGCAAGCAUGGGUUUCUAAAGACCAAUUAUUACCCGGAAAGCCACGGGAUAUUUGGGACUGUUUAGAGGGGAAGUAUAAAGGAGGGUAUUACAUGGAACAAAAAGAA